CGUUGGGGUUGACGCUCUUCACUCUUUAGCGACCUUCCCGCAAGUUGUUUGUGGCGUGAAGGAACAAUUUCUUUCAACGAAGUUAAAUCGUGUAAUUCGAAAAAUGGCAUGGUUAUGUAGUCGUGUUGCGUUCCAAACAUGCCGGCGAACAUUUUCCCGCAAUGCUAUCAGAUUCUCUUCGAAAGACGAAUUUCCUGACCCACUGGAUCACGCAACGGGGUUGGAGAAACGUGAGUUACUGGCUGCAGCAGCUGGCAACUUCGAUCCAUAUCACAUGAAAGCUAUAGAAAUUUCGCGUGACAGCACAAAGGAUACGCCAAAUUUAGUGCCAAGUGCAUUCAAAAGCCGAAUUGUGGGGUGCAUUUGUGAACCAGAUUCCGCACACGUGAACUGGAUGUGGUUGCACGACGGUCAACCACGCCGAUGUGAAUGUGGCCACUGGUUUAAACUUACUCAAGUAGCUCCGCUUUAAUUUAAUGUCAUUUCUUGUUAAUUAGUCAUUUGUUUAAAACAUAGAAUUAACGUUAUAUAAUACUAAA